AGCAUUGGCACCAAAAAAAGGACACGCAGGCACGUGCCCCCUGGGGGAGAGGUGCGUCGCCCGCCAUGGCGCACAUGAUCAAGCCGCAGAUCAUCCUCCUCAAGGAUGGAACUGAUGCUUCACAAGGGAAGGGUCAGAUCAUCAGCAACAUCAAUGCCUGCCAAGCUGUGGUGAGCAUUGUGAAGUCGACCUUGGGUCCUCGUGGCAUGGACAAGUUGAUUGAGGAGGGCAAUGGGACCACCAUCACCAACGAUGGGGCGACGGUGAUGAAGAAGUUGAACAUUGUUCAUCCCGCGGCGCGGAUCCUGGUGGACAUCAGCAAGGCCCAGGACAACGAGGUCGGGGACGGCACCACCAGCGUGGUGGUGAUCACCGGCGAGUUGCUGAAGGAGGCGAAGCACUUCUUGGAAGAUGGCCUUGUCGCACCCCAGAUCAUCAAGGGCUAUCGGACGGCCUGCAACUUGGCCAUCCAAAAGCUCAUGGACAUGGCGGUGGACUUGAAAGAGAAGUCCGCCGAGGAGAAACGCGCCAUGCUCAUCAGGUGCGCUGAGACCACGCUGAACUCGAAGCUAGUGGCAGAUUACAAGACCUUCUUCGCUCAGAUGUCUGUAGAUGCCAUCACCAUGUUGGGAGACGAUUUGUCCGUCUCUUCAGUGGGCAUCAAGAAGGUCACUGGCGGAUCGGUCACCGACACGCUGCUGGUGGAGGGUGUUUGCUUCAAGAAGUGCUUCUCCUAUGCUGGUUUUGAGCAACAGCCGAAGCGCUUCGAGAAUGCGAAGAUUUUGCUGCUGAAUUUGGAGCUGGAGUUGAAGGCUGAGAAGGACAACGCUGAGGUGAGGAUAACAGAUCCUGACCAGUACCAGUCCAUCGUGGAUGCUGAGUGGAACAUCAUCUAUGAGAAGCUGGAUUUGAUCGCCAAGUCCGGCGCCAACGUCGUGUUAAGUCGCUUAGCCAUCGGUGACUUGGCCACUCAGUAUUUUGCGGACCGCAACAUCUUUUGUGCCGGGCGCUUGGAGGUCGAGGAUCUGGAGCGCACGCGGCGUGCCACGGGCGCAGAAGUGCAGACCACGGCCCAAGGCAUCACCCCGAGCGUGCUGGGUUCGUGUGGCCUCUUUGAGGAAAAGCAAGUGGGUGCUGAGAGGUUCAACUUCUUCACCAAAUGUGAGAAGACGAAGACCGCCACCAUCCUCAUCCGCGGCGGGGCUCAGCAGUUCAUCGACGAAGCCGAGCGAUCGCUCAACGACUCCCUCAUGAUCGUGCGCCGGGCCAUGAAGAACACCAAGGUGGUGGGUGGUGGCGGUGCCAUCGAGAUGGAGCUCAGUCGAUACCUGCGAGAAUACGCGCGCACCAUCAGCGGCAAACAGCAGCUGGUGAUCAAUUACUUUGCACGAGCGCUCGAGGUCAUUCCGAUGACCUUGGCGCAGAAUAGUGGCGCCGAUGGCACGAAGGUGCUGAAUCAGCUUCGGCAAAAGCACGCCGCAGCAGGACCUGAGGGUCGCUGGUUUGGCGUGGACUGCAUGAAUUGCACAGUCUGUGAUGCUUUCCAGAAUUACAUCUGGGAACCCGUUUUGGUCAAAGAAAGCGCCUUGAACGCUGCGACAGAAGCGGCCUGCCUUAUCCUUUCCAUCGAUGAGACUGUGAAGAAUCCGCAGAGCGAGAAGCCGCAAGCGGGGCCGAAAGGAAAAGGCAAAGGGAAGGGCAUGGGCAUGCCAAUGGGCAAAGGCCGUGGCCGCGGUGCUCGAGUGCUGAAGGGAUGACGUGUCGCGUCGCUGUCGCCGGUGUCGCGACACGGUCCGGGUGGGCCCGGUCGCAAGACGUCGCCGGGACUGGCCACCCGGUGUCGCGGUCGAAAGACCAGACGUCGCGGCGGAUGCAAGAAAA